CAGAUAUUUAACAGUGUUUGUGUCACAUUGAACAACAUCGCAACACAAACGUUACUGUUUUAUUCUCCAUCAUUUACCACACAAAGCAUUCAGCGUUCAGAUAAUCAUUCAGCAGAAGAGUGUUUACUUUCUUCAAGAUUCUUCAAGCGAAGGCAAGAUUGCAAUGACGGUGUUUGUCGUGGCGCUUCUCUCUGUUCUCAUGGGGUUUUCUGUGUCUGUUUCUGAUGGAUUCAAGCCCGUCGACUGCUCUGACGUUUAUAAAUCAGGACGGAUACUCAGUGGGAUUUACUCCAUCUAUCCAGCAGGACACAUUCCUGUCUGGGUUUACUGUGAGAUGAUCUCAGGUGGGAAAUAUGAAGACAACGGAGCAUGGACGGUGAUUCAGAGGAGAAUGGACGGCAGUGUGAAUUUCUAUUUGCCAUGGAAUCAGUACAGGACAGGAUUUGGGAAUGUGGAGGGAGAAUACUGGCUGGGGCUGGAGAACAUGUACCAGCUGACACGUAAGAACAAGUACAUGCUGAGAGUGGAUCUGGAGGACUUCACCGGAAGGAGAGGCUUCGCUCUGUACUCGUCCUUCUCUGUGGGUCCUGAAGCUGAUGGGUACAAACUACAAGUUUCAGGAUUCAAAGAUGGAGGAGCAGGCGACUCUUUGGCCUACCAUAAUGGACAGAAGUUCUCCACCUUUGACAAGGACCAAGACUCCAGUAGUGGUAAGAACUGUGCCAAAGUGUAUCUCGGGGCAUUUUGGUACAAAGAAUGUCACAAUGCAAACCCCAACGGUGUGUAUUUAUGGGGAGAAGAUCCCACCCUUUUCGCCAUUGGAAAUGUUUGGUACACAUGGAAGAGCAGUUUUGCUGUUGGCAUGAAAUUCAUCAGCAUGAAGAUCAGACGUGUGUCAUAGAAACAUAGUGAUUUCAGGAGCAAACAUCCGAUGUUGUGUUCACUAUAUUACAAAAGUGAAGGUUUAACGUUUUAUUUUUGAAUCAACUAUUAUCUGCUUCUGGUCUUUUGAUUUACUGGUAUGUAAAUGAACUUCCAAUAAACUCCUGCACUGCAA